AUGGUCAACAAGACCCCCCAACCUCUGGGAAAUCUCACACUUGGCUACAACAUCCAUGACAACUAUGUCAGCACCCUUGGCACUUCAGAUGCUUUGCUGGAUAUCCUUUCUACUGGACAAGCCAAUGUUCCCAACUAUAGCUGUGGAAGGAAGGAAAACCUUUUGGCUGUUGUUGAUGGAGCUAAGAGGGACAUCUCUAUCCAGAUGUCAACAUUAAUAGGCACCUACAAAGUCCCACAGAUCCAGGAGGAGAAGCCAGAAGGGCGAAGAGAGGUUGGGGGUUCCAAGGCUGCAGCCAUGGCAGCAGCAGAUCUGAAUGUCAUAAACUGGGUGUUUAUUCCCUGGUUUGAUCCCAUCGAUGAACAACUGGGGAGUUUUGAAAGGCAGAGAUUUACAGUCAAUAAAGAUACUCUGUCAUCGCUAAAGUUGCUCAACAAGGACCGAGUCCAAUGUAUCCCCAAAAUUAUAGUCUUUCUGUCUUAUGAAGAAAAUCUGGGCAUAAUCCUGGUCUCCUUUGUACUACUCUUGUUCUUAUCCACAGUCCUUGUUUUAAUUAUAUUCAUUAAAUAUCGAGAAACUCCCAUUGUCAAAGCCAACAACCGGGACCUCUCUUACAUCCUUGUGGUCUCCCUCCUGCUUUGCUUCUUGUCUCCUUUGCUCUUCAUUGGUCAACGAAGGAAAGCCACCUGCCUUCUCCGACAAGCAGUGUUCAGCAUCGUCUUCUCAGUUGCCAUUUCUUCUCUCUUGGCCAAAACAAUCACAGUAGUGCUGGCUUUCCUGGCCACAAAACCAGGAAACCGAGUGAAGAGAUGGUUGGGGAAGAGCUUGGCCAACUCCAUCAUCCUUUCUUGUUCUGCUGUCCAAAUUGUCAUCUGUUCCAUCUGGCUGGGGUUUUCUCCCCCUUUCCCCGACUCUGACCUCCACUCCCAGUCUGGAGAAAUCAUCCUGCAAUGUAAUGAAGGCUAUGUUGUCAUGUUCUACAUCACCCUCAGCUACAUGGGAAUCCUGGCUGGCAUCUGCUUUACAGUGGCUUUCCUGGCCAGAAAUCUCCCUGGGGCCUUCAACGAAGCCAAACUGAUCACCUUCAGCCUGCUUGUCUUUUGCAGUGUCUGGGUGACUUUUGUGCCCACUUACCUGAGCACCAAAGGGAAAUACAUGGUAGCUGUUCAGGUCUUCUCCAUCUUGGCCUCUAGUGCUGGUCUGCUGGGCUGCAUCUUCAUCCCCAAGUGCUACAUUAUAAUCCUAAGGCCAGACUUGAAUACAAAGGAGCAUCUUAUGACCAGAAGAAAUAUAGAAAUGUGA